CUUGGCGGCAUCAUCGGCUGCCGAAUCUAGUACCGAGAUCUUUCGCUGAGGGUGGAUUUCCCUCUCCAUCCUGCAUCUUGGCAUGACACCGCCGCGAAAAAUUUGUUAAGCUACUGUGGGAUCGCGUGUGCCCCUGCAAGCCGAAUGUCACGCUGGCAGCAGGAGGGUUCUCCGCGGUGGUUCCUUGAGGACGGCUUCGUGCUGUUCGACGGCAAGGCGUGCCGUGCGAGCACGAUGAGAAGAAGUACAAAUAGUCGGGUGAUCGCUGGGUUGAGUAAUUAUCACCAGCUUUUCGACGUCACUCACAAUCAACAUGGGCAUUCGAACUCGCAACGACCGCAAAAAGCAGGCUCUGCUCGGCUUGCUCUUCGCAGCUACAGCAAUGUCCACGUCCGUAGCUAGCCCCGGUUCCUGCUCAUCAGGCAGUGAUGUUCCAUACCGCGAUGCGUCACUCUCUGUUGACGAACGUGUGGAAGAUCUGAUCCAACGUAUGACAUUGGAAGAGAAGGCCGGACAACUGUUCCAAAGCAGUUUGAGUCUGCCAGCUAAUGACAGCACCGCUCUUUCCAACACCACUCUUCUUUCCGUUCAGGGCAGAUAUCAAUCUCACUUCAACCUGGGCAACACAGUUAGCAGCGCUCGCGUCGCUGCGCAAUGGCACAACAACCUGCAGCAAGCAGCUCUGAACACACGACUGGGCAUACCCGUGACUAUGUCUUCGGAUCCUCGACACUCUUACUCCGAUGCUGUCGGAUCGAAGAUCGCAGCUUCUGCUUUCUCCGAGUGGCCAGAGAGCUUGGGUCUUUCGGCUCUGCGGGAUGCGGAUGUUGUCCGACAGUUCGCAGACAUCGCCCGCAAGGAAUACCUGGCCGUUGGUCUUCGAUCAGCACUGCAUCCGCAGAUCGAUCUUGCCACAGAGCCCCGUUGGGCGCGAAUCAGUGGAACCAUGGGCGAAGACGCAAAUCUGACAGCUGAGCUUGUUGUUGCUUACAUUGAAGGCUUCACCGGUUCAGCAUUCGGAAACGAGUCGGUUACUACUGUCACCAAGCACUUCCCCGGUAGCGGACCGGUCGAGGAUGGUGAGGAUAGCCAUUUCACAUAUGGCAAGAAUGCCACAUACCCCGGCAACAACUUUGACUACCACCUCAUCCCCUUCAAGGCCGCCAUUGCUGCUGGCGCUCGUCAGAUCAUGCCCUACUACUCGCGACCGAUGGGUACCAAGUACGAGGAGGUUGCCUCUGGCAUGAACAAGGGCAUUGUCACCGAUCUUCUGCGUGACGAGCUCGGCUUUGAGGGCAUCGUAGUCACUGACUGGGGUCUCGUCACUGACUCCGUCAUCCGCGGCCAGGAUAUGCCAGCUCGCGCUUGGGGAGCCGAGGAUCUGACUCCCAUCCAGCGCUGCGAGAAGAUUCUCAAUGCCGGCGCCGACCAGCUCGGUGGUGAACAGCGCUUCGACCUCAUCCUCCAGCUUGUCGGUAACGGCACAAUCACCGAGGAUCGCAUCGACCUCUCAGUGCGCCGCCUGCUACGUGAGAAGUUCCUUCUCGGCCUCUUCGAUUCGCCCUUCGUCGACGUCGACGCCGCCGACUCCCUCGUCGGUCUUCCCGAGUACGUCGCCGCCGGCCUCGACGCUCAGCGCAAGUCCCUGACCCUGCUCACCAACAAUGACAACAUCCUCCCCCUCAAGCACGACAAGAACAUCAAGUUCUACACUGAGGGCAUCAACACCACCUUCCUCGCCGCCCGCGACAUCACCAUCGUCGCCACCCCUGCCGAGGCUGACAUCGCCCUCCUCCGCCUCCAGGCCCCCUACGUCCCCCGCCCGGGCGGCUUCGAGGCCAACUACCACGCUGGGUCGCUCGAGUACAACGUCACCGAGCGCGCACGCCAGGCCGCCAUCUACGCCGCCGUGCCCACCAUCGUCGACAUCUACCUUGACCGCCCCGCCGCGAUCCCCGAGGUGUUCGACCAGGCGCAGGCCGUGCUGGGUAACUAUGGCGCCUCUCCCAACGCGCUGCUCGAUGUACUGUUUGGUGUCGACGGCGCGAAGCCUAUGGGCAAGCUGCCGUUUGAUCUGCCCAGGAGCGAUGCGGCAGUUGAGGCGAGCCAGGAAGAUGUGCCGUUCGAUACUGUGGACCCGGUGUUCAGGUUCGGACACGGUCUGAGCUAUGCUGCAGGCUACUAA